ACCUCCCUAUAUUUCUGCCACCCUCUCUUCUCUCUCUCUCUCUCUCUCUCUCUCACUGAUCCAAUCUCCUCCCUUGGUUUUCUUAGCUCUCUCAUUUUUAGCAAACUUGUUAUGAGGCGACAGAGCAGGAGAGGUUGGCAAGAUUGAGGAAACAGCAGGGCAAGGAUGUAGCUCAUAUUAAAACACGUACUUCAACAUCUACCUGAAGGUGUUUGGUGAGGGCAUCGGAAGACAUGGCGUUCGCCGGAACAACCCAGAAGUGCAAAGCCUGCGAUAAGACGGUGUAUUUGGUCGACAAGUUGACCGCCAAUAACCGGGUUUACCACAAGGCCUGCUUCCGAUGCCACCAUUGCAAUGGCACCCUCAAGCUAGGCAACUUCAAUUCUUUUGAGGGGGUCCUCUAUUGCAGGCCGCACUUCGAUCAGCUCUUCAAGAGAACGGGGAGUCUGGAUAAGAGUUUUGAAGGAACUCCGAAGAUUGUAAAACCAGAAGGAGCCACCGAUAAUGAGAAUGCUGCCGCAGCAACGAACAGAGUCUCUGCCUUGUUUGCCGGGACCAGAGACAAAUGUGCGGGCUGUGAUAGGACUGCAUAUCCUAUAGAGAAGGUUACUGUCAAUGGGACUGCAUAUCACAAGAGAUGCUUCAAGUGCACCCAUGGAGGCUGUACCAUUAGUCCCUCAAAUUAUAUUGCCCAUGAGGGAAAACUUUACUGCAAGCACCACCACACCCAGCUGUUCAAGGAGAAAGGAAACUACAGCCAGCUCGAUACUGGCAACAGAAACUUUGAGGCCGCUAAAGUUACAACUGUUGAGGUUCUCGCCGAGUAGUAGCACAUCAAAAAUCAUGUUAAUUCAGUUCCUUAUUUUAUCUUUUUCCUGGUAAUUUCUUGGGCUGUCUCUGGUUGAACUGAUCGAAAGAAUGCUUGUAUGAAGAAUUUCAGCCUGUACUUGGGGAGGCUUUUUUU